CCGUCUUAUCGCUCUCUGUUGCCCGCCAUGUCGAAAGCGCAGAAAAUGAAAGACAGGCUGUUUGGCAAGACCGCCGCGAGCAACGGCGGCGACGGGACGGCUCGCGCCGGCUCAGAUCCAUCGCUUACCAUCCAGAUCCCGAAGCCCGCUGUGAUCACCUCCAGCCCAACGCCGCCCAAGGUAUCGAAACCGCCGGCGCCGACAGUGCAGGACGAGCGUGAUGGCCGCCCUUAUCGUGAACGUCUGCUCGAGAAGCUCGGGACCAAGUACGAUGGCGCCGAACGGUAUCGACUUGAUCAAGACGAUGCCAGGAAAAAGCACUGGAAGCGCUGGGGUCCGUAUCUCAGCGAGCGGCAGUGGGCAACGGUGCGGGAGGACUAUUCCGAAAACGGCGACGCCUGGUCGCACUUCCCGCACGAGCACGCUCGCUCGCGCGCAUAUCGCUGGGGCGAAGAUGGUAUCGCCGGCAUCUCCGACAACCAUCAGCGUAUAUGCUUCGCGCUGGCCCUCUGGAACGGUCAGGAUCCCAUCCUCAAGGAGCGUCUGUUCGGUGUCACCGGCCACCAGGGUAACCACGGCGAGGACGUCAAGGAAUUGUACUACUACCUGGACUCAACGCCGACGCACUCGUAUAUGAAGUUCCUGUACAAAUACCCUCAAAAGGCGUAUCCGUAUGAGGAGCUUAUCAAGGAAAACCAGAACCGCAGCCGCGAGGUGACCGAAUACGAGAUCAUGGACACGGGCCUGUUUGACGAAGACAGGUACUGGGACGUGUUUGUCGAGUACGCCAAAGAUGAAGAGGAUCCAGACAGUAUAUAUAUUCGCAUCACAACAUACAAUCGCGGCCCAGAACCCGCAACGCUGCACGUUAUCCCCCAGCUAUGGUUUACGAACACCUGGUCCUGGCCCGCACAGAAACCGCCGAUGCCCUCACUCCGCCGCGCGGGUGACAACGUUAUUACCGCAUCGCACCCAACCUUUGGCAAGACGCACCUCUACACCUUGCCAUCCCCGCCGCCCGUUGGCCCGCAGCCGGAUGCCGUGCUUGAUGAGGACGUGACGAUCGAGCCUGAGCUGAUGUUCACCGAGAACAACACCAACUUCCAUCGGCUAUACGGAGGGCAAAACGAUGCGCAGUACGUCAAGGACGCAUUCCACGACCACAUUGUGCAUUCCCACCGGCCGCAGUGUGAUCCGGAGCACUACUUCGAGACGAAGGUACACUCGCGCCAGGACUCGCGGUACGAGGAUGACAGCACACCGGAAGAAGGCCCAAGGACGCCGUUCCCUGGCCCAAACUACGUCAACCCUGAGGGACGGGGUACGAAGGCGGGCGCGCACUAUACGUUCGAGGACGUGCCCCCUCAUGGUGGCUGCGCGGUUGUACGCCUGAAGCUGACGCCGCGCACGCCAGCGCAGGACCCGUCGAUCGAAGAUGAGGGUCUGUUUGACGAGACACUCGAGGAGCGCCGCCAGGAAGCCGACGAGUUUUACUCGAAGCUCGUCUUGGGCCCGAUCAGCGACGACUUGAAGCAGAUCAUGCGCCAAGCCUUGGGUGGUAUGAUGUGGACCAAGCAAUACUAUCAGUUCAUACAGAAGCCCUGGAUGGAGGGUGAUCCGGCGCAGCCGCCCCCACCUCCGGGAAGGAAGUAUGUCAGGAACAGGGACUGGAAACACCUCCAUAUAGCCGACAUCCUCUCCAUGCCGGACAAGUGGGAGUACCCGUUCUUCGCGGCGUGGGACACGGCGUUUCACUGCCUGCCCCUAGCGGUCGUCGACCCGAGCUUCGCGAAGAAGCAGCUUGAUCUGCUCACGCGCGAGUGGUACAUGAAGCCGGACGGGCAGAUCCCCGCCUACGAGUGGAAUUUUGGGGACGUGAACCCGCCUGUGCACGCGUGGGCGACGUUCCGGGUGUUCAAGAUCGAGCGCAAGCUGUUUGGGCGUGAGGACUACGCGUUCCUGGAGCGCGUGUUUCAGAAACUGCUGCUGAACUUUACGUGGUGGGUAAACCGGAAGGACCAGGAUGGGAACAAUAUCUUCGAGGGUGGGUUCCUUGGGUUGGAUAACAUUGGUGUGUUUAACCGCUCGGAACCGUUGCCUACGGGUGGUACGCUCCGGCAAGCGGACGGGACCGCGUGGAUGGCGUUCUACUGCCUCAAUAUGCUCAACAUCGCGUUGGAGCUGGCGAAGAAAAACCCAGUAUACGAGGAUAUCGCAUCUAAGUUCUUCGAGCAUUUCAUAUUCAUUGCGGAUGCCAUGACCUUCCGUGGGACCGGCGACGACGAAUUCAGUCUCUGGAACGAAGAAGAUGGGAUGUACUACGAUGCUAUCCAGUACUCACCGGGCAACUCGAUGCAACUGCCCGUGCGGUCGCUCGUUGGGCUGAUACCACUUUAUGCGACGCUUGUGCUCGAACCAAAUGUCAUCGACCGCUUCCCAGGUUUUAAGAAGCGUAUGGAGUGGUUCAUCGACAACCGGCCAGAGCUUUCGGACCGCACCAUGGCGAACAUGAAGGCCGGUGGUAAGGGUCAACGAAGGUUGCUGGCGUUGGCGAGCAAGGAGCGCUUGGUCAGGAUUUUGGAGAAGAUGCUCGAUGAAGACGAGUUCUUGAGCGAGUAUGGCAUUCGCUCUCUUUCGAAGUACCACAAUGAGCACCCCUGGGGAAUGGACGUCAACGGACAGCGCUACGAGGUCAACUACUGGCCUGGCGAUUCCAAGUCUGGCAUGUUCGGCGGCAACUCGAACUGGAGAGGGCCAAUUUGGCUUGCCGUCAACUUCAUCCUGAUUGAGAGCUUGCAACGAUUCUACCAAUACUACGGCGAUGACGUCCAGGUGGAAUGUCCCACCGGGAGUGGUGAUUACAUGAACCUUGUUGGCGUCGCGGAGGAGAUUCAGCACCGGAUCAUCCACAUCUUCAGUCGCGAUAUGGAUGGCAGGCGCGCGACGAAUGGUGGUAACCCGAAGUUGGACUUCGACCCUCACUUCCGUGAUUAUGUGUGGUUCUACGAGUUCUUCCACGGCGACGAUGGUCGCGGUCUCGGCGCGUCCCACCAGACUGGCUGGUCUGGCCUUGUAGCGUACCACAUCCUUCAGAGUGGUGCUAGUUGUCGACUGCCGAAGACGCCAAAGACUCCCCGUAGUCUUGCGCGUCACUACUUCGACGAAAACAUUGACUCCCGAUCGGAGUUCGGUGAUGACCCUCAGUCUUUGUUCAGUGCCAGGAGCGCGGCCGAGCUCAACACGCUUGGUGAUAUUUCUCCCGACGCUCUGUAAGGGCAUCGUUCUGGAUCAGAGAAAGGACAGUGCCUUCAGUUAGAUGAUUGAGCAUGCGGUACAAAUGCGCAAGAUGGGCGGAUAGAUUACAUAGUUUUCCUCGCUGUUUUCAUCACCGUUAUACGUGGAGUCGCAAAACGCAUCGUGUACAUCGUGGACUUGCUACAUAGUGGUUUGGCUAUUGUUUGUAACGUACCAUUCGCGGAGUGUUGUAGACUUGCGGUUAUCGAAUAGAACAUGAAAUGUGAU